CACGUGCCCGCUCCCGGCGCCCCGCCUGGGAUGUCCCGCAAACAGGCGGCCAAGGCCCGGCCCGCCGGGGCCAGGAAGGGCCGGCGGCCCCGCAGCCCCCUCGCCGGAUCGGCCCCGGGCCCUGCACCGGCCGGCGGCGGCGGCGGCGGCCUCGCCGGGCAGCUCCGGGCCCUCGGCCUCAAGCUGCGGGAGGUGCCGGGCGAUGGCAACUGCUUGUUUCGGGCCCUGGGUGACCAGCUUGAGGGGCACUCCAGGAACCACCUGAGGCAUCGGCAGGAAACGGUGGAUUACAUGGUGAAGCAGAGGGAGGACUUUGAGCCAUUUGUGGAGGAUGAUGUGCCCUUUGAGAAACACGUUACCAAUUUGGCCAAGCCUGGGACCUUUGCUGGCAAUGAUGCUAUUGUGGCCUUUGCAAGGAACAAUCAAAUCAAUGUGGUUAUUCAUCAACUCUAUGCUCCACUGUGGCAGAUCCGGGGCACAGACAAGAGCAAUGUGAGGGAGCUGCACAUUGCUUAUCGUUACGGGGAGCACUAUGACAGCGUGAGGAGGAUCAACGAUGACUCAGAAGCUCCAGCAUAUCUUCAGAUGGAGUUGCUUUGCAAAACCAAUGCAAAUAAGACAGAGGAAGUGAAGCCACAGAAGGGUGACUCUGAGGAUGAGACUGAAGCGGAAAUGGAAAAUGCUGUACAAAAAGUGUGCAAUGCAACAGGGUGUUCAGACAUGGAUUUAGUAAGCCACAUCCUGGAAGCGGAGGAUUACAACAUAGAAUCUGCAAUAUUUGCGAUCUUACAAGUGAAGGAAGGAGAAGGAACAAGUACCAAGGAGCAGCAGAAACCCCAGAGCAGGGAUCAGAAAUCCUGCAGCAAAACAUUGUGGGAGGAGAAUGGAAGCGGUUCAAGAAUCUUUGGAAAUCAGAGCUUGCAUCAAAGUGAAACAGGAAACAACAAAGGACAGGCUGGAUCCAGUGGAGAGAACCAAGCCAGCAGGAAACCACAGGUAGCUAAAAAACAGAAGAAGGAGCAGCAGAGGCUAGAGAAGAAGAAGCGGCAGGAGGAGAGGCACCGGCAGAAGGUCUUGGCCAUGAAGAACAACUGUGCAGAUGACAGGACAGAGACAGACCCCACCAACCACAUCACCUUGGUGAAGACCAUGGCAACCCUAAACAUAUGACUGUGUGCUGAGUACUCUGGGGAGAAAAGCAAAUAAAACUGAUGAAGACAAAACUC